UUAUUUACUGUUCUAGUUAUUUCACGGACUGGCUCGACAUUUUAGCUAAGACAUUGGUCAGUGAAUUUGGUGUGUUUUUCGUUCGAUUAUUUCUGCGUAUUUCUCGAAAUGAGGGGCCUCGUUCUUUCCAUAAUGUUCUGUGGCCUUCGCGGUGCAUUUGCGGUGACGCACUCCUGGAAGGCCUUUUACACUGCCAGUACAGGGCUGAGUGAGUUUCCUCAGUUUGUUGCUGUGAACAUUGUGGACGAUGAGCCAGUCGGGUACUUCGACAGCAGGACCAGCAGCUUUCAAUACAGACAGAAGUGGAUGGAGGAGAACCUGGGGCCGGAAUACCUGAAGCAACAGACCGACGUUCUUAAGGGUCACAUCCCAAGUUUCAAAGCCAAUGUGGGAAUUCUCAUGGAGAGCUUCAACCAAUCAGGAGGUGUGCACACUUUCCAGUGGAUGUUCGGCUGUGAGUGGGAUGAUGAGACCGGGGCCACAGGAGGGUUCAGUCAGUAUGGGUACGACGGGGAAGACUUCAUUACUUAUGACAUGGAAAACCAGCGUUGCGUUGCAUUGGCGCAGUCGGGAUUUAGCAUUGCACAAAAAAAGAAUAAUGACCCAGCUCGGCUUGAGCACUGGAAGUACUGCCUGACCCAGGAGUGCGUUGACGGGCUGAAGAAGUAUGUGAGCUACGGGAGGAGCGCUCUGGAGAGGACAGUUGCUCCUAAGGUCUCUCUGCUGCAGAAGGACUCCCCCUCUCCUGGUCUUACCUGUCAUGUGACCGGAUUCUACCCCCGUGGCUUCAUGGUAACCUGGCAGAGAAACGGAGAGGACCUGUAUGAGGACGUAGAGCUGGGGGAGACGGUGCCCAACGGGGACGGAACAUUCCAGACCAGAUCUCACCUGUCAGUGAAGCCUGAGGACUGGAAGAGCCAAGAGUACACCUGUACUGUACAGCACAAGAGCCUGGAACAGGACAUCGUUCUGUCUGUCAAAGAGGAGAACAUCAAGAGGAACAGCGAUAUCAAGAGAGAGGAGCUGGAGGAGAGCUACAGCAAGAGGAUCCCACACACACACACACACACACACACACGUACAAUACACGCACACACAUACAAUACACACACACACACACACACACACACUCACACACACACAUGCAUGUACAAUACACACACGCACGUACAAUACACGCACACACGUACAAUACACACACACGCACACACAAUACAAACAGACACACACACAUGAACACACACGCGCACACAAAUAUUUUCACCUUUUUAUUAUGAUCAUCUACAGCUGGUGAUAGUCUGGUGUCCCUUAAGAACUGUUUAGAAAUUAUUUGAAAUGUUGUUGUUUUUUAGAAGCUGAACUAAUAUACGCUUAUUUCAUUAUAAAAAAUCAGUUCCCAGUGGUCGACCCAACAAAUGGUGUGGCCACCCAUUUUGGCUGGAAGCCCUCAAAACUUAAACAGCCCCCAGAACAAUGUCGAUGGUUGUUAUGCAUUGCAUUUGAUAGCACCUUUAACUCAUUAUCUCAGAAGGCUUUACAGUGAAGGGGGUUACCUCUCCUGUGUAGCCCCCACCAGCGUGGUGCACAGCAGCCAUUUUGCGCUGGAACACUCACUGCAUAUCAGUAGUUACAGUCACUUACUGCAGCAGUUAAAAUGGGGGCUUAUCAGGUGGUUGCUAACCUGGGGAUUUUCUGACAAUAGUCAUUGGAUUAAGGGUUCAUCUGACUAAACAUUGAAUGUUAAUGCUGUCCUGAUUCUUUGUUUUCUCUCAAAUACACUGUACUGUUCGCAUUGGUGGACACAUUAAAGUCCAAAAGAUCAUGUACAUUAUUUUAGCUGGUAUGUGCCUAUGAAUUAAUUAAUUACUAUUGUAUAUAUUGAUCAUGAAAUGUUUGAUGAUAAUUGUUAUAUGUUGCAAUAAUGUGCACAUUACUGUGCAAGAAAUUUGUGUGGAUUUGGAUGUUUUGUUUAUAUUUGGUGAAAUUGAUGGGGGAUGGGUUUCCCCCUUGAGCCUGGUUCCUUCCUAGGUUUUUUCCCAUCUGCCACAGGGAGUGUUUCCUUGCCACUGUUGCCUUAGGCUUGGGGGUUUAGGACAGGGUUGUCUGUAAAGCACAUUGUAACAACUGCUGUAAAAUAUGCUAUACAAAUAAAAUUUGAUUGAUUGAUUGAUUGAUUGAAUUUGAUUGAUUGCUUUGCAUAUUGCACUAAAUGGUUGAUCAUACAGCAGUCAAAAGUGAUGUCAGCCAUUUUCACCUUUGCAUGUAAGAGCAGAGGUGGUGACAGUGAUGCUUUGUCAUGACUGGGAGCCCAUGCGUUUUUUUCACCACAAAAGCUCUGCAACAGCUCCGCAAGGACUACACAAUGUGGUCAUCAGAAUGAUUCUGUUUUUUCAUUUGGGUCUUUUGUUAUUGAAAAGAACACAAUCCAGAGGAAACAUUUUACUUUGUUUUAAAUAAAUACUGUAUUUUGAGAAGA